AUGGGUCUCCUGGUACAAGGCCAUGGUCAAUGUCAAUCCAUCGUCGACGAGGAACACCCGCUCGAGUAUUCGGAAUACUGCGCGGACAAGGGCUAUGGCUGGGCUGGGGCCUUGCCGGCACCGCAGGGCCUCUAUGACCCCGAGCGGGAGAAGGAUGCCUGCGGUGUCGGCUUUGCAGCGCAUAUCAAGGGGAAGGCGAGCCAUAAGAUAGUCAGCGAUGCCCGGAGUUUGCUCUGCAACAUGACCCAUCGUGGUGCCGUAGGUUCCGAUGCCAGGGACGGUGAUGGCGCUGGCGUGAUGACUAGCAUCCCCCACAGGUUCUUCGUGAAGCACUUCGCUCGUGAUGCCGGCGUCGAGCUGCCGCCCAUGGGCCAGUAUGCCACGGGAAACCUGUUCUUCAAGCCGGACUCGGAGACCCUGAAGGAAUCCCUCGCUACCUUUGACGAACUGGCCAGGGAGCUCGGCCUGCGCGUGCUGGGCUGGCGGGAUGUCCCCCACGACUCUACCCUGCUGGGCCCCGCCGCCCUGUCCCGCGAGCCCGUCAUCAUGCAGCCCUUUGUUGUGCUUCGCUCGGCCUAUGGCGAUGGGCCCACCCCCCUGACGACGACGGACCCGGACCAGCACCCGGCGCAGUUCGAUGAGCUCGCCUUCGAACGCCAGCUCUAUUUCCUCCGAAAGCGCGCGACCCACGUCCUAGGCCUUGCGAACUGGUUCUACGUCUGCUCCCUCAGUAACCGCAACAUCGUCUACAAGGGCCAGCUGGCCCCCGUCCAAGUUUACGAAUACUACCACGACCUGGUCUCCGUUGACUACGAGGCCCAUUUCGCCCUGGUCCACUCGAGAUUCUCGACAAACACCUUCCCGUCCUGGGACCGUGCUCAACCGCUCCGCUGGGCGGCUCACAAUGGCGAGAUCAACACUCUGCGCGGCAACAAGAACUGGAUGAGAGCCAGGGAAGGGGUCUUGCGAUCCGAAAUCUUCGGCGAUGACCUGGACUACCUCUACCCGAUCGUUGAGGACGGCGGUUCCGACUCCGCUGCCUUCGACAAUGUGCUCGAGCUGCUCACCAUGAACAGGGUUCUGUCCCUGCCGGAAGCGGUGAUGCUGAUGGUCCCGGAAGCGUGGCAGGAUAAUCCCGCCAUGGACCCCGCAAAGGCUGCUUUCUACGAAUGGGCCGCCUGCCAGAUGGAGCCUUGGGAUGGACCCGCGCUCUUCACCUUCUCCGACGGACGGUACUGUGGCGCGAACUUGGAUCGCAAUGGUCUUCGCCCCUGCCGAUACUACAUCACAGACGACGAUCGCAUCAUCUGCGCGUCGGAGGUCGGCACGAUCCCAUUCGAUCCCGAGCGUAUCGUUGAGAAGGGCCGUCUGCAGCCCGGCAAAAUGCUGCUCGUUGACACAGUGGCUGGAAGGAUCAUCGACGACACCGAGUUGAAAACCACCGUUGCCAGCCGCCAUGAUUUCAGAUCCUGGGUUGAGAGAGAGCUGCUUCGCCUCCCCGAAAUUCUAAAGGGCCUGCUCGAGAAAAACAUUGACCUAACCUAUACCCUGGACGAUUCUACGGUCCAGGGCGAUGUUCGACUCAAAGCAUUUGGCUAUUCCUACGAGCAAGUCAGUCUCAUUCUGGGACCAAUGGCCGCGGAUUCCAAGGAGGCGCUUGGAUCCAUGGGCAACGAUGCGCCCCUUGCGUGUCUCGCUCAGCAGCCACGGCUUCUGUAUGAGUAUUUCCGCCAGCUUUUCGCACAGGUCACCAACCCGCCCAUCGAUCCCAUUCGGGAGGCCAUCGUCAUGUCCCUAGAAUGCUACGUGGGUCCCCAGGGGAACCUCCUGGAGAUGGAUUCCUCGCAGUGCCAUCGUCUCCUUCUCACCUCGCCCAUUUUGUCACUGGACGAGUUCAGCACGAUCAAAAAUAUGGCGGCGGUCCAUGUCGACUGGUCCGUCAAAACUAUCGAUAUCACUUUCGAGAAAGCGAAGGGGGUUCAGGGCUACCUCGACGCUCUAGACGAGAUCUGCAACGCGGCAACUGAGGGUGUCCAGAACGGCGAUAAAGUCUUUAUCCUUUCCGACAGGGCCACCUCUGCCGAUCGAGUCCCCGUUUCGUCCCUGCUUGCCACGGGCCUUGUCCACCACCAUCUCGUUCGAAACAAGUGGAGGUCGCUGGUUGCUUUGAUCGUCGAGACUGCUGAAGCGCGAGAGGUGCACCACAUGUGCGUUCUUCUUGGGUAUGGCGCCGAUGGAAUCUGCCCGUACCUGGCUCUGGAAUGCAUUCUGAAAAUGAACCGUGAGAAUUUGAUCCGCAAAGCGCUCUCGGACGAGAAGAUCAUCGAAAACUACAAGUCGUCGGUGGACGGCGGCAUCCUCAAAGUCAUGAGCAAAAUGGGCAUCUCGACUCUUCAAAGCUACAAGGGUGCCCAGAUCUUCGAAGCGCUAGGGAUAGAUGAUAGCGUUAUUGACCUGUGCUUUGCGGGCACUGCGAGUAGGAUAAAAGGCAUGACUUUCGAGCAGAUCGCGCAGGAUGCGUUUGCCUUCCACGAGAAGGGCUUCCCGUCGCGAAUUAUCAGCGAGAUCCCUGGGCUGUCGGAAUCAGGCGAAUAUCAUUGGCGCGAUGGCGGUGAACACCAUAUCAACGACCCUGUCAGCAUCGCCAACAUCCAGGAUGCCGUGCGCACCAAGAAUGACAGGUCGUAUGAGGCAUAUGCUCGCUCCGAACAUGAACAGAUCAGGAACUGCACCUUGCGCGGGUUGCUCGAUUUUAAUUUCGAACACCGCACUGCGGUGCCGAUUGACCAAGUCGAGCCGUGGACUGAGAUCGUCCGCCGCUUUGUCACUGGCGCCAUGUCGUAUGGAUCCAUUUCCAUGGAGUCCCACUCCACUCUUGCCAUCGCAAUGAAUAGACUCGGCGGCAAGUCCAAUACGGGAGAAGGGGGUGAGAACGCGGAGCGCAGCAAGGUUCUGGAGAACGGCGACACCAUGAGAUCCGCCAUCAAGCAGAUUGCCUCUGGCCGAUUCGGCGUUACGUCCCACUACCUUGCUGACGCCGAUGAGCUCCAAAUCAAAAUGGCCCAGGGCGCCAAACCCGGCGAGGGCGGAGAGCUUCCUGGCCACAAAGUGUCCGCUGAGAUCGGCAAGACCCGCCACUCGACCCCGGGCGUAGGCCUCAUUUCACCCCCACCACACCACGACAUCUACUCGAUCGAAGAUCUGAAACAGCUCAUCUACGACCUGAAGUGCUCGAAUCCCCGUUCGCGCGUCUCUGUCAAACUCGUCUCCGAGGUUGGCGUCGGUAUUGUUGCCUCGGGCGUUGCAAAGGCCAAGGCGGAUCAUAUCUUGAUCUCGGGCCAUGACGGAGGCACCGGCGCGUCGCGGUGGACGGGAAUUAAGUACGCUGGGCUUCCGUGGGAACUCGGCCUGGCAGAGACUCACCAGACGCUGGUCCUCAACGAUCUUCGCGGCCGUGUCAUCGUCCAGACUGAUGGUCAACUGCGGACGGGGCGGGAUGUAGCGAUGGCGUGUUUACUGGGAGCAGAGGAAUGGGGCUUUGCGACGACUCCUCUCAUUGCCAUGGGCUGUGUUAUGAUGCGCAAGUGCCACUUAAAUACAUGUCCGGUUGGCAUUGCAACCCAGGACCCUUUGCUCCGACAAAAGUUCUCAGGGACCCCUGAACACGUUAUCAAUUUCUUCUACUACAUCGCCAACGAACUACGAGCGAUAAUGGCUAAAUUGGGUAUCCGCACCAUCAACGAGAUGGUAGCGACGUACAAUGUCCGUAAACAAGACCAUCGCCUCCACGUCCGUUUGGACAACAAGCUCAUUGCCGAAUCUGAACUGGCGCUGGAAAAGGGCCUGCCGUGCCGCAUCGAGUGUGACGUUGUGAACACCGAUCGCGCCUUGGGGGCUACGCUUUCAUACCAGGUGAGUCGUCGCUACGGAGAGGCUGGUCUUCCGCAAGACACUAUCCACGCAAAUAUCAAGGGCUCCGCUGGUCAGUCCUUCGGCGCGUUCCUCGCGCCUGGCGUAACCCUCGAGCUUGAGGGUGAUGCCAAUGAUUAUGUCGGUAAAGGAUUGUCCGGCGGUCGUUUGAUCGUCUACCCUCCUCGCAGCGCCGUCUUUAAAUCCGAGGAGAACAUCCUCAUAGGAAACGUCUGCCUGUACGGCGCCACACGAGGUCACUGUUACUUCCGGGGUGUAGCUGCUGAGCGAUUUGCUGUGCGUAACUCGGGGGCUACGGCGGUCGUUGAAGGCGUCGGCGAUCACGGUUGCGAGUACAUGACGGGAGGCCGCGUUCUGAUUCUCGGACCGACUGGCCGGAAUUUCGCCGCUGGAAUGUCUGGCGGCAUCGCCUAUGUCCUCGACGUGAAUCAGGACUUCCACUCGAAAAUUAAUAUGGAAAUGGUUGAGGUUUCUGGAGUGGAAGACCCAGCGGAGAUUGCCUUCUUGCGCGGGCUCAUCGAGGACCACCACCACUACACCGGCUCCGAGCUUGCAGCCCGUAUCCUUCUCGAUUUCACUCGAGCACUGGGCCAUUUCGUCAAGGUCCUGCCGACGGAUUACAAGAGGGUACUUGAGGAGGAGGCUAAGAAAGCUGCUGCUGCGAAACAGGCCAAAUUCACUCUUCCGUACUUAUCCAGAAAUCCCUCAGGGGAGGCCGUGGAUAAUCCUCAUGUGCAUCGCGAGGAAUCCAAGAAAAGCAGCAGCAGUGACCUUCUGGAUAUUGAGGACAGCGUUGGCGACGCCAAGACGGAGAAAAAGCGCACUUCCUUGAUCCUCGACAAGACGAAAGGUUUCAUGAAGUACCACCGCCACAGCGAGAAAUACCGGAACCCAAGGACUCGAACUCGCGACUGGGCCGAGCUGAGCACGCGUCUGACGGACGAUGAAUUGAAGUACCAGUCGGCCCGUUGCAUGGACUGCGGCGUUCCCUUCUGCCAAUCCGACACCGGAUGCCCUAUCUCCAACAUUAUUCCCAAGUGGAAUGAGCUUGUCUUCCGGAACCAGUGGCGGGAUGCGCUUAAUCGAUUGCUCAUGACGAACAACUUUCCCGAGUUCACGGGCCGCGUUUGCCCGGCUCCUUGUGAAGGCGCUUGCGUCCUUGGAAUAAUCGAAGACCCUGUCGGCAUCAAGAGUAUCGAAUGUGCGAUCAUUGACCGCGGCUUCGAAAUGGGUUGGAUGGUCCCCACUCCCCCGGCAAGUCGCACUGGCAAGACCGUUGCGAUUAUCGGCUCCGGCCCGGCUGGCCUUGCCGCUGCGGAUCAGCUGAACCGUGCCGGACACCGCGUGACGGUGUAUGAACGUGCCGAUCGCAUUGGCGGCCUGCUGAUGUAUGGAAUUCCGAACAUGAAACUGGACAAAACGAUCGUUCAGCGGCGGGUGGAUUUCAUGGCGGCAGAGGGUGUCAAGUUCGUGACCAGCACCGCCGUCGGGCCCGAGGGAGAUAUCUCUCUGGCCCAGCUACGCAAGGAAAACAACGCGGUCAUACUCGCCACGGGAGCGACGGUGGCGAGAGACUUGAAGAUCCCCGGCCGCGAACUCGACGGCAUCCAUUUCGCCAUGCAGUUCCUCCAUCGCAACACCAAAUCCCUGCUUGACUCGGGGUUGUCUGACGGCGAAUACAUCUCCGCCAGGGACAAGCACGUCAUCGUCAUCGGCGGCGGCGACACGGGGAACGACUGCAUCGGCACCUCGGUCCGCCACGGCGCCAAAUCCGUGACCAACUUCGAACUGCUCCCGCAGCCGCCCCCAGAACGUGCCCGCGAUAACCCCUGGCCGCAGUGGCCACGCGUCUACCGCGUCGAUUACGGACACACGGAGGUGAAGACCCACAUGGGCAAGGACCCGCGCGAGUAUUGCAUAAUGUCGAAGGAAUUCGUCGGCGAGAACGGCGUCGUGAAGGGUAUCAACGUCUGCCGUGUCGAGUGGACCAAGAGUGCGGCGGGCGGCUGGGACAUGAAGACGAUCGAGGGCAGCGAGCAGUUCUUCCCCGCCGACCUUGUCCUGCUCUCCAUGGGUUUCCUGGGCCCCGAGGAUAGGCUGCUCGGGGAGGAAAUUGAGAAGGAUGCUCGGAAGAACAUCAAGACGCCCCCCGGCCACUAUUCGACGAACGUCCCCGGUGUCUUCGCUGCUGGCGACUGUAGACGUGGACAGUCUCUGAUCGUUUGGGGAAUCAACGAAGGCCGCCAGGCUGCUCGCGAAGUCGACGCGUAUCUGAUGGGCACCAGUUCUCUGCUUCCCGUCACUGGAGGAAUUGUCCGCCGGCCCGCAAUCGACUCUGUGCCCGCUGCCGGUCAAGCGCAAACCGUCGCCGCGUAG